CUUUAGCCGAGCACGUAUCACUGGCAGUAUGGAAUGGACCUGGUUCCUGAAGCUGGACGACACCAAAUACGUUAUAGGGCAGCACCCGCACGGUAUCUUCGCCCUUGGGCAGAUUGCCUGGAUGUUCACGAGCUACAAGAAUCCACUUUACCGCCGCUUUCCCUUCCUGCGCAACAAGGUGCAUUCUACCGGAGCCUCAAUCAUCUACUUCAUUCCGUUUGUGAGAGAACUUUUCAUGAUCUUUGGGCACAUCGACGUCUCUCGAUCUGCCUUGAAGCGAACCCUCAACAAGGGCUCUAGCGUGGGGAUCGUUGUCGGGGGCGAGGCCGAAGUACUCCUUGCCAGAAACGAUGAAGACACGGUUGUGCUCAAGGAGAGGAAAGGGUUUGUCAAGCUUGCGCUGCAGAACGGGGCGGACUUGCUGCCCACAUACUGCUUCCACAACACCAACGUGUUCCAUAUAAACACGUCUCUCCUCCGAGGGUUUCGCAAGUGGCUGCAGAAGAACUUCAAAUGCUCGAUCCCUGUCUGCUGGGGAUGGCGGGGAACGCCUCUUCCUCAUCCCGUGCCGCUCUGCCUCGCCAUCGGAGAUCCCAUAAAGGUGCCAAAGCCUUCGCCCGGACAGGAGAUCACCGACAAGAUGGUCGACGAGUACCACAAGAAGUACAUCGAAGCUCUCACGAAGCUCUUUGAGGAGUGCAAGGCUGCUGCCGGAUACCCAGAGGAUCGCAUGCUUAACGUGGUUGAUGCUCACUACGUUCAUCCUGAAUGCAUCAAGGCCAAACUGCUGUGAGCGCCGCUAGAGUGCGUGACCGUCACGGGGGCGCCUUCAAGCCCCUACCAUGACCUGUCGGCGUAGUGAAUGUCAGUGUGAAGUAUUGAACUAAAAACAACUUGAACUUGG